AUGGCGCUCUUCAGAUUCGGGCACGUGCUCGUGCUCCUCCUCGCGAUCCUCGCGCCGGGACUCGCGAGCGCGGGGAAGGACUACUACCGCAUCCUCGGCGUGGACCGAGGCGCGGACGACCGGACGCUGAAGAAGGCGUACCGAAAUCUCGCGCUGAAGCAUCACCCCGACAAGGGCGGAUCGCAGGAAAAGUUCGCGGAGAUCUCGCAGGCAUACGACGUCCUCUCGGACUCGCAGAAACGCGAGAUCUACGACGCGUACGGCGAGGAAGGCGUCCAG